AUUGAAACCCUAGUCACUAGUUACAGAACGAACAGAAGAAGCAAAUCUCCAGAGAAUAGUCGAAAAUGGACAAAAGUAUGCUCGGAGAUCUAGGGAAUCUUCCAGCGGAGGAUCAAGCUCGAAUGGCCACCAUGAUCGACCAGCUUCAAAUACGUGACAGUUUGAGAAUGUAUAACACGCUUGUGGAGAGAUGCUUUACAGAUUGUGUGGAUACAUUCAGACGCAAAACGUUGGAUAAGCAAGAGGAGACGUGUGUGAGGAGAUGUGCUGAGAAAUUCUUGAAGCAUUCAAUGCGUGUUGGAUUGAGAUUUGCAGAACUCAACCAAGGUGCAGCUACACCAGACUAAUACAAGUAUACAACAUCUAUGGAGGUCACUUUUGCAGUCUAAUAGAGUUGCUUUAGUCUUUCAAGUAAACACCAUAAACAUAAAGAGAUAUGUAUGCUUUCCAUUAACGAUUGCUUUUCUCCCCUUUUUUUUUGUACUUGUUUGCACAAGUUGAAUGACUUGAUAAGGUAUUUGAAAACAUGCUGAUGCUAUUGAUUUUCUUGUUUCCUUCUUC